AAAAAGCCCUCUCCAUCUGCGUCUGCAUGUCCAGCCCACUACUCACAGAGACGACGAAAUAGUUUUUUGCAAAUCUGCUUAAGAGAGAGGAAUUCGAGCUUGAAGACGAACCAGAACGAACAACAUUACAUACACACCAAUCUUUCACACAAAGGACAUUCAUAUAUAUUAUGUAUAUGUAUAAUUUGUGAGUGAUUAGGGUAAACAAUUUCAAAAAGGACGCACUCAGUCGAUUCUUUUGAUGUCCUAUAUUUUCUAGGGCAAAAAUUCGUUUUUGAUUUGGAAAUUGAUCUAUUUUACAUCAUAGAAGCACCUCAGGGGAGAGGGGAAAGGUUUCCUAGCUGGAGAUUGUUGCAGUGCUCUUCGCAAUUCAGGGUCAUGAACAGACCUCUAGGUGCUUGAAGAGGGCAUGCAUGGAUGUACUUCAGGGUUUAUGCUUAUAGUCAAUGCUGAGUUUGAUUCAAUGGGAGGAGUUAUUGACACCGGAGUUGGAAUUUCUUCAAAACCAUCUCUGCAGCAAUCGUCAGAUCUUGAAAAAACUCAAGCGGAACUUAGGCAAACAUUCACUGCUGCUGAGAAAUUUAGAAGAGAAUUGGAAUUUCUACAGAAAGGUGGAGACCCUUUAGACUUGAAACCUGGGAAUGCAGCAUCGAUUAGCUUCCAGUCCACAUCGCUGACAGAUCGACAUCUGACAAGUGAAGCAAAGGGUAGUUUUGCAAUUACUGCUUCACCUCAUGGAGAUUCAGUUGAAAGUAGCGGUAGACUAGGUGCUCCUUCAGUCUGUGAACCCAACAGUGCUGAUAAUCUCAUGCUAUUCGAUGGUGCAAAUAACAUUAACUUGUCCAAAUUGGAUGUUGGACACAUCAGCAAGGAAUCAGGCGUAGACUCUGCUGUGUUGGAACUUCCUAAAAAAUCAUAUAAACGUAGGAUUAGGUCUCGACCAAAUCGGGAUGGGGCCCGUUCAAGUUCUACUGAUGCAGUUCCUUCUCGUGGUGCUCAUUUUCUUCCUUUUCGACAUGCUUCCAACUCCAAUCCUAAAAGUCCUAAUGAGUUAGAUGGUGUGCCAGCUGGACAAUCAAUCCUUGGACCUCCACAUGGUCCAUAUUCUGCUGUUUUAGAUGCUAAUGUUAAACAAAACACUCAAGAGAAUCAUCAAGAACAGGUAGAAGACUUGACAGAUUCCAAAUGUCCUCCUCAUGCAGACACAGUGAAAACUGAAAUUUUUGUGGGUCCCACUCCCACCAAUGGGGUUGGAAACAUGGAAGAGGUGAAAAUCAGACAUGAUGAUGGAAAUAAUGGUGCAGUGAUUCCCACAAAGGUGUUGGAUUCUGAGUCAUCAUGCGGUCAAACCAGUCAACGUUUUGAUGGGUAUGAUGGGAAUAGUUUUGCAUCAAAGGAGGUAGUAGAUGUGGUAGGUAAUAAUUUAGUUGCAGAAAAGGAUGAUAAGAUAUUGAAUGUUGAUAAAGAUAAAGAUAAGAAUGAUGAUGGCUCUUCUAUUAAGGAAGAGGAAGGUCUGAAAGGAUCUGAAUCUUGCUCGCAAAAUGAGUUGAAGAAUUCUGUUGCUACCAGAAAAGAUGUUGCAGAUGGCUGCAAUACCUCAGAAACAGAAAGAAAGCAUCAGGCUUCAAAUGACACUGCUAGGCAUUGUGCUGAUGUGGCGGAGCAAAAUGCAUGCUCUCAGGAAAACCUCAAACAGGCAACCAAAGAACAUGAAGACUCGAUUUUAGAAGAGGCUCGAAUUAUAGAGGCAAAACGUAAGAGGAUUGCUGAGCUGUCUGUUAGAACUUUGCCAUUGGAGAGACGUCUAAAAUCACAAUGGGAUUUUGUGCUUGAGGAAAUGUCAUGGUUGGCUAAUGAUUUUGCCCAGGAGCGCCUUUGGAAGGUAACUGCAGCUGCUCAACUCUCAAAGAGAGUUGCUUUUUCUUCACGUGUAAGAUUCAAUAAUCAAAGCUCACUGCAAAAGCAAAAGGAAGUGUCUCACACUUUAGCAGAAGCAGUCAUGGAGUUCUGGCACUUGAUACAGGUGAAACGCGAGGAAUCAGAGUCACAACUUACAAAAGAUCAUGGAGUUGGGAUUCAGGGAUAUGCAAUGAGGUUUUUGGAGUAUAAUAGCUCUAAAGCUCAGUACAACCCAACUGAAGCACCUGUGACAACUGAUACUAUAUCUGAUCUAGGCAUCAUGGACCUUUCCUGGGAGGACAAUUUGACAGAAGAGAACCUCUUUUAUACAGUUCCACCUGGCGCGAUUGAGGCCUACAGGAAAGCAAUUGAAUCCCAUUUGCUGCAGUUUGAGAGAACUGGAAGUAUCAUGCAAGAGGAAGUGGAUACAUCUGGCUAUGAUGCUGUUGCAGAAAAUGCAUUUGAAGAGGACGAAGGAGAAACAAACACAUAUUAUGUGCCUGGAGGGUUUGAAGGUCACAAAUCUUCAAAAGCUGCUCAAAAAAGAAGGAAAAACUUUAAAAUUUAUGGGGGGAGAUCAUAUGAGAUGGGAGGUGAUGUGUCAUUCAUGCAAACUGGUGGGACCCAACCCUCUAUUUUGAGUGGGAAAAGACCUGCCACCAGCUUAAAUGUCUCUAUUCCUACAAAAAGAGUGCGUACUGCUUCCAGACAGAGGAUUAUAAGUCCAUUCCAUGCUGGAACUUCUGGAAGCGUACAAGCGCCACAUAGGACAGAUGCUUCAAGUGGUGAUACAAAUUCCUUUCAAGAUGAACAAAGUAGUUUACAUGGUGGGUCCCAGAUACCGAAUAAUAUGGAAGCUGAGUCAGUGGGAGACUAUGAAAAGCAAUUACAGUUUGACUCCAUGGAAGUUUCAAAUAGACCUAAAAAGAAAAAGAAGGUAAAACAUCCGGGAUCCACGUUUGACCACCGAUGGCAACUUGAUUCUAAUUUUCAAAGUGACCAGAAGGAUCACUCAAGAAGGAGGCUGGAUGCACAUCAAUUUGAUUCGAAUGGAAGCAGUGUGGCUUCUCAAAUGAGUAAUAUGUCCAACCCGAAUAAGAUCAUGAAAUUACUAGUGCGUGAUCGUGGAAGGAAAGCCAAAGCACUUAAGACCCCUGUUGGGCAGCCAGGGUCAGGAAGUCCAUGGUCGUUAUUUGAAGACCAGGCACUUGUUGUGUUGGUUCAUGAUAUGGGUCCAAACUGGGAGCUUAUAAGUGAUGCCAUUAACAGCACCUUGCAAUUCAAGUGCAUUUUUCGCAAGUCAAAAGAAUGCAAAGAGCGGCAUAAAAUAUUGAUGGAUCGAAAUACUGGUGAUGGGGCUGAUAGUGCUGAAGAUUCAGGGAACUCCCAGCCUUAUCCCUCUACUUUACCCGGCAUUCCAGAGGGCAGUGCAAGACAAUUAUUUCAACGGUUGCAGGGACCAAUGGAAGAGGAUACACUGAAAUCUCAUUUUGAGAAAAUUAUUAUGAUUGGACAUAAACAACAUUACAGAAGGUCACAGAAUGAUAAUCAGGAUCCAAAACAGUUACAGCAGCCUCAUACUUCUCAUGCAUUUGCUCUUUCUCAAGUCAUUCCAAAUAACCUUAAUGGCGGGCCUGUCCUCACGCCUCUAGAACUAUCUGAACCAAUCUCAUCGAGCCCAGAUGUUGUUCCGGUUGGUUUUCAAGGUCCGGGUGGGUUACCGGUUCUGAAUCACGGUACUGUACCGCCUAUGCUUCCUGCUCCUUCAGCUCCUGGUUCUUCCAAUUCCGUUCAUGGAACUAAUCUUCCCUCUGCUUCUUCCUCUCUUAAUCCAUCUGUCAGGGAGGGAAGAUACGGGAUCCCUAGAGCGGGGUCGUUAUCGGUAGAUGACCAGCAAAAAUUGCAACAGUACAAUCAGAUGUUGUCUGCAAGAAACGCAAAUCAGUCGAGUUUGCCUCCUGGGUCCCACUCGGUAACCGAUCGAGGUGUACGCAUGUUGCCAGCUGGAAGUGGUAUGGGUGUUAUGUGUGGGAUGACUAGAGGCAUCAAGAUGGCAAGACCCCCCUCUAUGAUGAAUUCCGCCACUAGUUUGUUGACUUCCGGUACGCCAACACCAACCUCUGCUCACGGAAACUCCCUGUUGAGAUCACGUGAGGCUAUGCAUACGAAUCGGCCCAACCAAAACACGGACCACCAAAAGAUGGUGGCGGCGGAACAAGCAUCACAAAGUGGCAGCACUCAAGGAGUUCCUCCGUUGCCGCCUGUCCAGUCAUACCCACUCCACCACCAGCAGCCACCACGUCCGAUUUCACCCCAACAGUCGCCACGUGUGCUCAACCCUAAUUCCCAUCAUCCGCAUCAUUUCCAGGGGCCCACCAACCCACAACAUCCGGCUUUUGCAAUGCGAUUCGCCAAAGAGAGACAGCUUCAACAACAGCGAUUACGCCAACAACAACAGCAACAGUUUCCUACAUCCAAUCCCAUAAUGCCACCACAAGAUUCUCAACUUCCUGCUUCAUCUCCACCAUUGGUGCCUUCACAGAAACAUCCUGUACCUGCACCUGCGCCACAUGGGAUUAUGAGCAACCCUCAAACCAUUACCACCACCAGCAACAACCAAAUUGCAAAACAACAACAGCAGCGGCCACGUCAGCAGUUCCAACAACCUAAGCUUAUGAAAGGUGGAAGGGGGGGAGGUAUGAUGACUGCCGAUAUGAAUGGAUUUUCAGGAGGCGGAGGCCAAUCUAGUGCUGCAGAUAAAGGUGAGCAGAAAGUCAUGCAUCAUAUGAUGUAUCCUGGUAAGCAACCACCAAUAUUACAUUCUUCUUUAAGUCAACCAUUGCCACAUCUGCAAACAUCAAAGCAACCUCAGCAGCAAAAAGCUUCUACUGAUAACAAUAAUAAUCAAAAUCAUGCUCCUCCUCCAUCCAACAACCACCACAAGUCGUUGCAAACAAUAAAUCCUCAAAAGUUGUUGCUUACUCAGAAAGUCAAUCCAUCUGAGUCACCUGUGACCACCUCUCAAACGACUACACCUGUCAAUGAUGCAAAUAGUAGUGAAACACCUGUUGUGAUGGCGGAUAAUGCUAAGAACUCUAACUCUGUGCGGUUGUCACCACCACAAACUGGUGGUGCAGGGGCGGAGAGUGGAAGCUCUGACCAGGCUGCACAUUCCGGACCAACCGUAGGAGUUGGGCUCUCAUUCCCAAGUAACACCAAUCAAUCUACAGAUGGGAUGAAAGAGUGCCAAUUUGUUAUGAAGAUGUUAGGAUUAGGUUAACUGAAAUGAGGGCUAAUUCUUGGGUGUUUUUUGUAUAAAAUGAUGAAGUCAUGAACUAGGAUUGAGGGUUGAUGGAGGAGGAUAAUGAGAUGACAUUUGAUGAGGAAAAACAAGGGGACUUAGCAUGCUAUAUUUACUCGGAUAAACAAUGAGUAUGCUAAAGAUUCGAGGAAGAUAGGCGAUCAGUAUGAUCAUUCGAUUGAUUGAUUUUGGUGUGGAUUACCAUUUGCGGGUUCUGUUCCUUCAAGAACUUUAAUGUUGUAACCCAAAGUUUCAUUUAGAUUCUUUGUAAGACCCCUUUGACAAAAAGAAAUGGAGGUUUCUCAUAGUUAUAUGAUCCAAAGUAAUAACCAGG